AUGAUGCUUAGAUCAAUUUUGAAGAAAAGUGUCAUCACUCGUGGAUUUCACUCUACAAGAACUGCUUCAGCUUUCAAGAAGAUCGCUGAGGAAGACAUAAGAUACUUGAUUGAUAGUUUACCUCCAGCAUCAAAGUUAUACCAAAAUCCUGAUGGUUCACCAAGAGAACCAACUGACUUAGAACUACACAAGCUGGCACACUUGUCUGUUUUGAACGAAAAACGUAAAUUAACAUUAUGGGAUUAUAUGUUUUUAAGUGAAGAUAAUGCUAAACUUUAUGCUGAUAAUUAUACAGAUAUUCAAAAUUUAUUACCAAAUUCUGAAAAUGGUGCAUCUGGUAAUAUCAUUGAUAAAAUCCCAUAUGAAGAUGCUGAAGGUAAUGUUAAAUGGCGUGUUGUAAGAGAAGUUGAGAAAGAAGGAUGGGAAGAUCUAACACGUUGGGGGUUGAUUCCUGCAUAUCUAUUAUUUGUUGCAGUUUAUCUUUUCAAAGAUGACAAAGGUAUUAAUGAAUGGGCAUACGAUGAAUUGAAAUUGAGAGCCCUAGAAGAUUUGGAAGGUACAGAUGCAGCAAAAGAGACAUUGAAUAAUGAGAACAAGUCUCCGGAGGAAAUCAAACAAAGAGAUGAACUAAUUGUGGAAAGAAUCUUGAGUGGUGAAUAUGAUAAGUUGGCUGGUUUGAAAAUUAAUGCACAAAACUUAUCAAUGAUUGGGGAUUUGAACACACAAGAAUAG